UAUUGAGGAAAUUCCUAAUGCGGAGAAACUCUCUCUAUAUAUAUCCAUAUAAAAUGGCUGUCCGAAUGAAGAUAACCAGUGUCUAAACAUGGAGGCUCUUUACUCCAGCAUCCAUUACUGGCUUGUUGACCAUCCAACAAUAAGCCAAUUCGAAUGGAAACAAGGUCACACUUUUGGUUCCUCCAUAUCUUUUCUUACCAUUUCAGUGUCUAUUUACUUGUCCCUUACUCUCUUGUCUCUCCGCUUCUCUACAUUUGUCCCUAGACUCUCUACCACCACUAUUCGCAACAUUACUGCAAUCCACAGCCUUAUUCUUUGUCUCCUAUCUCUACUUAUGGUCAUUGCCUGCACCCUUUCUGUCCUUCACCAAAUGCCACCUCAUGACUGGAAGUGGAUCAUAUGCUUCCCUGGCACAAAUCAGACACUUACACGUGGACCAGUGUUCUUUUGGAUUUAUAUAUGUUACCUUUCAAAGAUUCUUGAAUUCAUUGAUACACUUCUAAUCAUCCUAAGCAGUUCUCGAUCACGGAGGCUCUCGUUCCUCCAUGUCUAUCACCACACAAUUGUGACCGUUCUUGCUUAUAUUGGGCUCCAAUUUUCGCAGUCGAUGCUGGGUGUCGCUCUCAUCGUCAAUGCUUCGAUUCAUGUUCUAAUGUACGCUUAUUAUUUCCUAUCUGCUAUAGGGAAAAAGCCAUGGUGGAAAAAAGUGGUCACAAAUUGUCAAAUAGUCCAAUUUAUGAUUGGCUUUCUACUAUCGGCUUUGAUGUUGUAUUAUCAUUUUACUACUGAGUUUGGCUGCACAGGAGUUGGGGCAUGGUGUUUUGGUAUUGUGUUUAAUGCCUCACUUUUAUUGCUCUUUCUUGAUUUUCAUUCCAAGAACUAUACUAACAACAUCAAGAAAGAGCAUUAAUUUAUGAUUAAUGGUCUUUGUAUCCAUUGUUUAUCUCUAUUGUUGCCCUACUUUGUAUUUCCAUAUUUUGUUAGCUAAGAUAACUAUUAUCUUACAUUAUCCUAAUUUUAUGUGAUAUUAAUUGACUUGA